GUCUCUGUGCAAUUAUAGAUUUAGCUAUUAUUACCUACAAUAUCAAUUUGUUUUAUAAAGUCUUUAUGAUAAUAUAUAUAUAUAAAAGAUGAAUACACCAAUUGUUAUCGUUGGCGACUCUAUUCUCGGAGGUAGGAACAGUUGUAAACUUCAAACCUCGUCCGAUGAAUUGUAUCUUCGUGGAUUCAAUACUGUCAGUGGCAAUAACCCAACAGACUCUGCGCGAACAUCCCAGGGUGCCGGUGAAAUUAUUGCUGCGGUAAGUGGUUGUGUUGAGGUUAUAGAAAAGGUUGUAUCAGUCAAAGGGAGACAACCCCGCUAUCUUGCAGAAAUUGGGGAUGUUGUAAUUGGACGAAUUACUGAAAUUUCUGGAAACAAGUGGCUUGUAGAUCUUAAUUCUACACACGAUGGGAUUAUGCUCUUAUCGAAUGUUGCCGAACCUGGAGGAAUACUGCGACGUCGAGGCCGUAGUGAUGAGCUCAGUAUGCAUCAACUUUUUGACCAGAAUGAUCUUGUAGUGGCCGAGGUUCAACGCAUAUCGCCAGAUGGAGUUAUAUUUCUUCAUACUCGUGCUGCAGAAAAAUACGGUAAGCUAACCUCCCUUGGUCACCUAGUCUCUGUGCCUCCCUUUUUUAUUAGGCGUGCGAAGCACCAAUUUCUUGAGCUUCCUGACUAUAAUACACAGCUUAUUGUUGGAAUGAAUGGUAAUAUAUGGGUUUCUCAAAUGACGAAAAAUGCAAAUAACAAAAGCUUAGAGGAUCACAGCCAAGAUGAUGUGGAUGUUCGGCUCAAUGUGGCACGUGUAGCUAACUGCGUAAAGGUACUUGGUAUAUCAGGUAUUAAAAUCUAUUUUAAAUCAGUAGAAAGCAUAGUAAAUAGAUCCAAAGCAAUAGGUUUUAGUCCGUAUGAUAUACUUCUCCUAAAAAAUCGUGAAGCUUUAAUCUCUGAAGUUUAUGAUAUUAUAGGAACUAAGCGUCUACGAACUUGAAUAAAAACAUGCGUUUAAAUAUAAAAUAUAACAAAAUAUGAAAUAUCCUAAUAGAACAUCAAUACAUUAGCCAAAAAAUGUAUUGCGUGAAAUUAAGAUUUACUAACAAA